CAUAGGGUGUGCCCAUCAGCGUACCCCCUUACACUAGGUGUCGCCAUCAGAGUGUAACUUUACAUCAUGUAUUCCCAUCACAUCAGGUGUGCCCAUCAGAGUGCUCCUUUACAUCAGUUGUCCCCAUCAGAGUGCCCCUUUUACAUCAGUUGUCCCCAUCAGAGUGCCCCUUUACAUCAGGUAUCCCCAUCACAUUGCUAGCUUACAUCAGUUGUCCCCAUCAGAGUGCCCCUUUACCUUAGGUAUCCCCAUCACAUUGCCAACUUACAGCAGGUAUUCCCGUAAGAGUGCCCCCUUACUCUCAA